AUGGGAUAUUUUAUUAAUUGCUAGCCUUUUGUUGAGUUCGGUCGUUUUAAAGUCGCGGGUGCAAUUUCGAGACAAAUUUGACACUUCGAUGUUUGAAACAGUUCUUCUUUAUCACGGGUGAUAACCCAGUUUUAUGAGCGGUGACUUUUCAGGAAAAUGUGAAAGUGCUUGUGCUUUUUUGGGUCCGAUGUGAUAUGAAUGUGCACGUUGGUUAAUUGAAUACGUGACAACGAGUCAAUUAAGCGCUACUGAGUUUAGAUUUUCGAUAAAAAUCUGCAUUUUACAAAAGUUUUUUUAAAACGGAUUAAUAUGUUUAUUGAGUUAUUGAUACAAGGUAUUUCGGAAUGCAUUGAAUUGGUACUAGUGAUCAUAUUGGUGCUUUUACACGAGUAGGUGACUCAGUCACUGACUUUUUAUGUAACAAUUUCAUGAGCAUGAAGCGAGCUAUUCGAUGAUAUAGGGCUAUUAUUACUGCAUUCAUUCACAAAACUUACAAAUACAAUUCAAUUGAAAAACAGAAGAAAAUAAUUGCAUAGAAUUUUCCAUAGAGUCAAUUUGCCAUACUUAGAAUCCUAAUAGUCGAUAAACACUAAAAUUACCUAUGGUACGUUCCGUUUUCAUUCACUGGAAAAUCUUAGAAAAAAUACACCAAUUCAGAUUUUACGCUAAUAAUAUACUAUUAUUAUCUACAAACAUCCUUUACAAUUUAAUUCAUGUUGUUUCUGGCUUAAUGGGGCUCAAUAAACAUCAACAAUAAAGUGUUUUUAUGGCAAAUCCACUUGAAAAAGCGCAUUUAUUAGAUAAAUCAAUGCAGAAAUAAGUCAGAAAACUGAAUUAAUUAAGCUGCUAGAAUAGCGCCUACUUAGUCGGGAAAUUUUUUCAAUUUCAAUCUUUCAUAUGUGUGAAAAAGGAAUUACUUUACUUGGUACAUGCAAGGUCGCAGUGAAUUCGCGCAACAGCAAAUUCAUAAUUUAAAAAAAUGGGUCUUAAUGAAACAAAUCUGGUUCACUGAUAUUUGCCCUUCAAUAUAUGUUAUUUUUUUACCCAUUAAAAUCAAUGUAUUUUAUCUCAAGAACUUACUGGGGUUGUGUGCAAAUGCUCAUUUGAAUCAAUCGUUGUCUCAUAGUCUACUACUUUCCAUGAAACGCUAGAAGAAUCAAGUGGUUAAUUUUUUAAAGACAUUAUUGAUACGCACUUGCGAAUUAUCACGUUCCUAUUUAAUGUAAUUGCAUUUAUUGGGGCUUCAUUUUUGGCUCAUGUGAAUACCUAUAUUUCGCACUUGAAUAUCAAGUUGCAAAUAUUUUUUAUUUCUUGUUCGAAAAGGGGCAGUUAUAGUAUCUCAAGAUUUUACCUGCUAAAAGCGAAAAUAUCGAAGUCAAUUAUCACGCUGAACAAAGUUGAAAAUGAAGAGAAUGACAAUGAAACAGCAGGAAGAAACUCGAAAAGCUAUUUUGAAAGCAUACAUUUUGCUUCUGCAGAGUUUUAAAGUACAGUCUUCACUUUCAGCUGGGAAAUUAUUUGUUGCCUUAUUUACUAAACCUACAUAUCAAUUUUAAACUGUUUGACUUGUUUUUUCCACAUGAGUUCGGAGAUCUUACAGCUUCUAAAUGUCAAUCUCAAGGUUUGAUAAUAUAAUUCUAUUAAAUUCCACUUAAACCUGCCUUUAAGUGCCACUUAUUUCGUUUGACACACUUUUGCGGAUUUUAUUAAAAUGUACGUUCACUUUGCUAUGCAGUAAUAUUAGCCAUUAUAUGAUUGUAUUUAUUUAUUGUCUUUCAAGCAGCGCUCGGGCUUUGUUCAUUGGAAAACUUGAAAAGUGCACGCAUUGUGAUUAAUGGAAGUAUAGCGAAACUUUCAACAAAACUAUGAAACAUGUGCAAAGACUAAAUUAAUGGGGAUUUGAGAGAAAGUGAUAAGAAAUAACAAGAAAAACUUGAAGAAAAAAUGUACUCGGCUUAUGCUCCACCAGUCUGUGGUAAUGAAACUGCAGUUACUGCGGCAGCAUCGCUUGCUCAUAGUACAUCAAACAGCACUUUGACUUCAUCAACUUGGAGUAGCAAUUCUGCUCCAGCCCAUAGUCAUGGUGGAAGUCAUUUGGGACUGCCUUAUUCCAGUUUUGAUCCCGGACCCAGCACUUCCGGAAUGUAUGGGAGUCAAGGCGGAGUGUUUCCAUUUCCUGCCUAUCCCAGUAUGCAUAUGCCUUUUGAAUACCAACAGAUCUUCAUGCACAAAUCGGCCAUGCAAAUGCACGCCAGAGACCUGGGAGGUCGAUCUGAGGUCAAACCUCAUCAAUGCCAACAGUGUCUCAAAUCCUUCAGUUCGAACCAUCAGCUGGUGCAACAUAUUCGCGUCCAUACAGGCGAAAAACCCUACAAAUGUUCCUAUUGUGACAGGAGGUUCAAGCAAUUGAGCCAUGUCCAACAACACACAAGACUGCAUACUGGUGAACGUCCUUACAAGUGCCAUUUACCGGAAUGUGGUCGAGCUUUUAUCCAGCUUUCCAACUUGCAACAACACCUGCGCAACCAUGACGCCCAAGUGGAACGUGCGAAAAAUCGCCCUUUCCAUUGCAAUAUAUGCGGAAAAGGGUUCGCAACUGAAUCUAGCUUGCGCACGCAUACGUCCAAAGUAAGCCAUUGUAUUGGUCGUUUGCAGCAACAUGCGGCUCUGAUUGGUGGACCGAAUGCUACGUCAUGUCCUCUAUGUCACAAAGUGUUCCUGGGUGGUGAAGCCUUGAUGGAGCACAUGAAACAUACUCACAAGGAUCCGAAUGCGUCUGGAGUAGCCAUUGACGCCAUCGAUCCUUAUUUAGCAAAGAGAAGGACUGCAAAUCAUCCUUGUCCCGUUUGCGGCAAACACUAUGUUAACGAAGGUUCGCUAAGAAAGCACUUGGCCUGUCAUCCGGAAACCUCACAACUAUCAAGUUCGCUCAGAAUGUGGCCUUGCUCGGUGUGCCAGGCAGUUUUUACACACGAAUCAGGACUGCUCACCCAUAUGGAGCAUAUGCGCAUGGAUCCCAAACAUCAAUUUGCUGCGCAGUACGUUCUAUCACGCGCAGCAGCCGAACGACGAGAAAGAGAAACUUUAUUAGCUGCAGUUUCAGCUACGGCCGGCGGGAGCAGCUUAUUGGGAUUAGCUGGCAUGGGACCAGAUUUUUUUUCAGCGAGCGGUUCCCCAAUGUGCGCGUCCCCAAGUGCACAUAGCGAUAGUUCUUCCGGAAAUGGACGACUUUCAUCGGCCGGUUCUGAGGCCGGCGGAUUAAACAACAACAAUAAUAACUGCAAUACAAAAUUAGGUGAUAUCUUACGAAGCAACAAUGGCCUCCACCAGCAAUAUAACAUGGAGGAUCAGCUGCAAGCCAACCGAAUGGCAGUGAUAGCUAACAUGGUAGGCCAAGGAGGAGUUCCUCCUGGUCUUGGCUCGGAUUCAGCUGCUAAUAUUGCCAACAUAGCCAAUCUUGCCAUGCGAUUAGGUGUAACUCAAGCUAACCAAGUUAAUAAUUCUUCAAAUCCAUCCACGCCUCCAAUAACCAAUGAAGCUUUAUCUUCCCUUUCCAUGAACGCCGUUAAUGCAAUGAGGGCCUCCAUGGAUAUGCGUAUGGAUGUCAUGCGGAACUCGGUAAUGGAUAUGUCUCAAGCGUCACAACAAACUGCGCAGCAAUCAGCAGCUGCACAGGAAGCGCUGCGCAUGCAAGAGGCAGUUAUUCGAUCUCAAGCUGAGGCAGCUAUCAGACUGGCUAUGACGCAAGGUCUCUCUCAGCUGAAUCAGCACCAACAGGAUAACAGCCAUAGUCCAUUGCGCCACAACGGACACUAUCAAGGCCACCAAGCUCAAACCUCCUCUCAACAACUCAGCCCUGAUCUCACCGAGGCUCUGAGGCUGCAAGAGCAGAGACUGGAACAAGCCUUAAGGCUACACGGAAGUGACCCAAGAUCAUUAGGCUUCUCUUUAGGCAGUGCGGGCAAUUUACAAAAUUUGCAACAAAAUCUGCAGCAAAACUUGCAAAAUACUAUGCAACAGCAACAGCAGCAGCAGCAACAACAACAGCAGCAGCAGCAACAGCAGCCGCAGCCUCAGCAACAGCAGCAAAAUCAAGGUCAGCAAAAUAACACAAAUCAGCCAUGAGAGUUUAGCUAUUACUGAACACGCAACUUGAGCAAAUUGUUUGUUUCUUUACUGUUUUAUUCAGGUGAUAUUUCUUGUGUUUGUGUCAUUGUGUUUUCGAUGAGCACUUUUUUAAUUGUCGACAUAAUUUUCCUAUUGGAAGCGUUGCACAUUGCAAAGAUGUUGAUUUCAUUUUAUGAAAAAUAUGUGCCAAAACACGUUUAAAUCCUGACUAAUUUCAAUCUAUUGAUGGAAAGUUGGUGUUCAGUAUAUAAAGUAACGAUGCCUAAGGCAUUAGAAUAAAUAUAUUUAUAUAUCUACACUUUAAAAGUGUACCACUACAAAAUAAAAAUCAGUUUAAGAAUGUAUAGAUUAUAAGUGUUAAAAUUUAAAUAUAAAAAACUACCUCUAAAUAAUUUCCGAGACAGUUUUUUAUAGCAGAUUACUUAAGUUGUAAAUAUAUAAUUGUUUUAGAAUAUAUAGAAAAUAUAUGUGUGAAUGCAAAAUAGAGAAUUUGAUAUACGUUUAAUUUAAGAACGUGAAUUGACAUCAAAACUACUAAUUGAUUUUAGCGCAAAAAUGUUAAGAUUUUUAUUUAUUCUGUGAUUGUGUUUUUGUCUAAUCCCUUUGGCCGGUGAUUGUACGUUUAGCAAUAACUUUCUUUUUAAUUUCUGCAAUCUGUUCUGUGAUUAUUAAAUAUAUUUUGUUUUAUUUUACUAAGUAAUAUAAAAUAUUACGAGGUAGAGAGAGAAAAUUAACAUGUACUUCUAUAAUAAUCAUAAAACAUCGAAAAUUUGAUAUUAGAAUUAAUUGGCAUUGUCAAAAAUAUAUCUCUCUACCAGUGUUUUUUAUUAGUUUAAAAAGUACAAAAUGAAGUGUUUUCAAAAAAUGAGAGCGUGCAGAGUGAAUGAGAGCAAAUAUUUUUUCAACGACAAAAAUAAUUCCUAAAACCAAGCGUACUUAACUGAAAAUUAAAGAAUUUUCGUUGUUAGCAAAAAUUGGCAUUGAUGAAAUCAAUAAUAUGGAAACAAUCGUUUAUUGUACAGAAUGUGGUUUUAUCUUUUUCUUCCGAUGUUUUGUAAAUAUUUACGUACUACAAAUAAGCAGCCUUUUUGUACAUAUGCCCCAUAACAAAGCAUCUCUCUCGGAAACUUUCCGACUAUUUUACCCCAGCAGAAAUUUAGGCUACACAGAUCUACUCAGUAUAAUUUUUAUAUUCGAAGCCAAAAUACAUUUUCUGUAAAUAUCACCCAUGGAAUUUGUAAAAUAAUCGAAUAGUUUCGCGAAGGGAGGAGUUCCAUAGCCACUCAAUAGUCAAUAGUUUAAAAAAAGUACAUACAAUAGCUAUAUGCAACCUUAAGGUUGACCAUAAUUUCCCAUAAAAGUGACAGCACAUAUUUUACACACAACAGACACUUGCACGUGUAAAAUAACCGCGAACGUGCGUAAAAAUGAUUUUCUCACUUUUGGUUCAGUCAUGAUAUAAAAGUUCAAAAGUUCUCUUGGUUUUGAUAACAUUGCAAAGUGCUAUUUAGUCCAUACAGUUGGUUCUGAUCUCAAAAGUAUUUGUAAAGUGAACCCAAUUUCAAUUCAGGACCCGAUUUACCCUUUCAGAAUAUGCGAAUUUCACAUUUUUUGUUAUGAAGUUUUCAAAAUUUGAAUCAAACAAUUAAAUUAGUAUUGAAAUAGAUUCCAGUUUUUCCAGCCCUUAAUGGUGAAUCUUUGGACUGAGUUGCACUUUGGAAAUCCCGCAAAAAAUAUAAUUUUCGAGUAUAGUUGACUGACUCCUCAAAGUAAUUUUGUGGCAGACUCUAGACUCUUCCCAACUAAGGAGAAUUCUUGAAGUUUGUCAAUUUUUACGCCACACCCGAUUUUGACGUCGUCAUUUUUUCAAAAUCCGUUAUUGCUUGAUACUCACUAGCAAAACGAGCAUUUUUGGAACCAUUGAGCGACACCCAAGGCACGUUAGGCGGGACGAAUGUCGUAUUUUGCUAUACUGAACUAAAAGCAUACACAUUCGACAUUACCGGUUACUAAAUUAUUUCUCUGGAGCAAAUCAGUGAAAAACACAAAAUGCGGCAUUUCGUCUUCAUUAGCGUACCCCUAGAUUUCACCCAAUAAUGACAUAACUAACAGUUAAAAUACAUACACAAAACUUUACAAUAGCCCGGUUGCACAAAGUGCUUCAAUAUUUUUUGCCCGUUAUCAAUAACUAUUUAAGAUCUCUUAAGUAGUUACCACACACAAAAAAAAAUUCUCCAUAGCCCAAAAUCAGAGAUCUAUUCCAUGUUGCGUAGUUUUUUAGAACAGUGCAUAUGAAUUAUGAGUCGUCGUUGAGCUUUCCCGAGAAAAGCUCUACACUGACUUAAUUAAAUAUCGCUUUUCGUAAAAGAACGCUUUAUAAGGGGGGAUGUAAAAUGCCCAAAAAAAAUCCCCUCUAAUGGAGUAGAUUUUUGAGACCAUAUUGUUUUGAUUACCCUGUAGCGUUCAUCGGGGCUGCUGUUUUUUCUGGAUGGACGUUGGAUUUUUCAUUUAUCAUUUGCUGGACAUAGAAUAGUUGUUUUUGAAAUUGGUUGAAAUUAUUAUAAAGAUGAAGGUUAGUAAACUGAGAAAAAUACCGAUUUAAAUCAAAGUAAUUCACAAUAAAGUCGAUAUUUUAAAUGUUGGUCUUCAAAGAUUGGCGAAUUUGCCAAAUUAGGACUCAAAUUAUUUUAAAUUGAUUCUUCUUAUCCUGUUUAAAGUAAAAUUGUCAAUAAAAAAAAUUCAUAAAAAUUGUAAAUAUGUGUCAUCUACGUUUUUGAAUGUAGACUGGAACUCGAUGACCUUUUUGGUUUUCGUUCAUUUGCUCAUGAUAAUGAAACCAGCUGAUAUUUCUUCAAUAUUCGAUUUUCUGCGUCGUCUCAAAUCAAUAUUAAGUAUUAUAAUAUAAUAAGAACGAAAAAUAAUGCAAAACAAGAUUUUAAUAUUUAAAAAAUAUACAAUUUUCUGCAAAGUAAUGAUGAUUUAACUCUAAAAGCGAUUAAAGCCAGGGCCUUCGUUAAGAGAAUGGAAAAACCCGACAAAAAACUAUUACUUGCAAUCAAUGUUUUGCUGGAACUAAAUUAAGAAGCUGGCUAAAGAAAAGAAACAACAAAUUCUGCAAGAAAAAAAAUAUAUCGUGAGUCCGCUGAAUAGCAUAACCUCCGAGCAGCGAGGCAUACCUGAAAAUUAAUUUAUUGGAUCACCCUGUAUAGAUAACAAACUUACGUCUAAACAAGUUUAAUAAUUUUUAUUCUAAAUCGAUAUUUUUCAUUUGAUGUUUAUAUUUUGAUUUUGAUCGAACUUUAUUUUACUGUUCUCUAUUUGGAGAACAUGAUUUAAAAGCAAUAAGGCACCAGCAAACAUUAACAUGGAAAAGAGAAAAACGAUUUUAGAUAAAUUGUAGGGAUUCCGAAAGCGCAGUUUUUGGUAUUAUUAUACAAGAUGUGAUUUUCUAUACAACUUUUAUAAAGUUUUUACUAACUGGCUUCCCAAUUAUGACAAAUGGGAAUCCAAUAUGAGAAUUUAAUACAACUUUAUCGCAAAUUAAAUUUGAUUUUAGAAUAUCUACACAAGUUCCUAAAAUAUUUAGUCAAAUCCCAAAAAAAUAUACAGGGUGAUCCAAUUCCAAUCUGGGAGACUUUAAGGGCGUAUCCUACACCCAAAAAGCUACGUAAAUGAUCUACAAGUGUAGAUCAGCGGAGGUAGCGGGUUUUAAAAGUGCAUUGGCUCAAUAAAUAUAUUCUAUUUAAUUUCUUGACAACAGAAAAAAGGGUCAAAAUUUAAAUUUAUAUUAGGUCUCACAGGCUUGAUAAAACUAGGGACAACCUGAUCAGAAAAAAAUGCUAGAAGAGUUUUCGAGAACGUUAAAAAAAGUUAGCAUUGGGAUCUCAGCACAGUAAAGUAAAAAGAAUCAAUGGAAACUCCAUCGAUGCACAUGUAUUGAAAAUUUGAAAUCACUCGAAAACUAUUGAUUUUUGUAGAUAGUCUCAACUUGCGCUUUUCUAUUUAAAAGCUAUGUAGUUUUGGGAAACGAUUCCGAGGACGCCUAAAAAUAUUUGAGCAGUCAAAGUUUUUCAACCUUCCCGGCAGCCCUCCUAACAAGAUUUUCUAAAUCGGUUAUUUUUAAUAUUUUUGUGAGACUUAAUAUGCUUAAAAAGUUUCAUCAUCUUGCGUUUUGUAAUUAACAACAAAAUAAAUAUUCGUUGAAGUUCAUUUUUAUGAAUUGCUAGUUUUACCAGCUGAUCUUUCGCUUUUGAACUAUAGGAUGUAUAGGAUUUUGCAAUCUUUUGAGUAAAAAAUAUAUCCUUAAGUCUCGUGGAUUAAAAUUUGACUACCCUGUAUAGUUCAAGAAAUCAUUUGUUUACAUUAUUCUCAAAGGAUCCGACAGUCAGAACUAAGCAAAAGCAAUUCUUGUCCCUUAAUUUGUGUUGGCUACUUUACGCAUAGCGCAACAAGAAAAACAAUAAAAAUUUAAUCAGCAUAAUAAGAAGAAUUUGCAAUCUAUUCCAAAACAGAAGGGAAAGCAAUUAGACUUAAGAAACAUGAUUUACUUGCGUAUCGUUCAAUAAAAAUUAUAGAAAAACUAUGAAAAUAAAUUUUAAAUAUUUAUAAUCAACUUUUGAAUUUUUCAACCGUUUUAAAAAUAACUCGUCGUGGACAUAGAUGUUAACUGAAAAACCCAACAUCCUCACCUCGAGUUCGCUACCCAUUUUAAGUGUAUUUUACAAAAUAUCACGACUAAAAUGCCCGAUAAUGUCGUAUAUUUAUUGUAAAAUUACAUAAAAAACGAAAUUUUAUUUGCAAUAGCCCACAGUUACAAAGUGUCGCCUUCACGACACAAUAUUAUCGAAUUUCUGACCGAUUUUUUGUUCGAUUUUUCGUUUCACUGUUUUUGGAUCGACGCUGCCACACGAUUUUCUCUUUGGGGCCCAAAAACAUAUGCCAUAUGUAGUAGCUGUAUUAAAUGUAGUGCAGAAUCUAACUUUAAUGUCCCGUUCUCCCAAAAUUCCUCAAUUGCUUGUAAAAUUGCACGGAAAAUAAGUACAUGUUUAAUGAAAAUUGGAUCCAAAAAGUUGAAUCUUUGAAACUGACUUACAAAGUGUAUCAAAACAUUUCAAAAACUUACUCAAGCUUAACUGGACCAAAUUUAAGUAAAGUAAUAUUGUUUUAAAAAGGUUAAGUAAAUAAAUGUAUUUCUUUACCUUAUUGGUUAUUACGGUUCUUUAAAAAGUAUUGCCAGUUUUUAUCAUUGGAAAUCACAUAUGAAUAACAGUAUUAAUAAGAACUCCUCGCUUCUAAUUUUACUGCUAAUGGACACUUUUGCAUAUAAUAAAUGUUAGGAAAAUAGCGAUUACUUUCAAUGAGGUGAUGAUUGUAUUCAUAGGAAUUAAUUUGUAGUGCAAUUUUUUUAAAUAUUUGAUGCAAAAUUCCAUCACCAAACAAUAUUGGCAUUUAAAUUUAAUUUUUAAGCAGCAAUUUAGAAUAUAUAUAUAAACUCUUUAUCACUCCCCCAAAUCCCUUCACAUACUCACAGUAUCUAACAUAUAUGUAGCUUCAACUAGAGCAGAAAAAAGUAUGGAAGAAAAUCCCAUAAAGAAAGUAGCAAAUAAGUGCGGCAACGUCGAUUUUUCAAUAUUUUGUUAAACAGCAAUAGUCCAAACGGGGGUUUCUUUUCCGGAAAUCGCCCUAUACAAAAAUUUUUGAUACUCCACACCUCAGUUUCAAGUUAUUUCGUGACUUUGAUUUUUGGGAAAAUAUUCAAAUUCUUGUCAAAAAAAACACGUUUCAAAUCUCUUUCAGUUCAAGCGAUUCGCUUUUCAGUUUCAAAAACAAGGGUUCGUGUAUUUUUUCAGAAAGCGGUUACCUUAUUAUUUUUUACAAUAAUAUAUAAAAUCAAAUAUAUUACAUUUACAUAAUACACAGAUAAACACACACAGUUCGGGUAAAUUACAAAAAUGAUACACGUUUGUGUAAAAGAAAACAGAUUUUAUGGAAUUUUACUUAUAUUUUUUAUUAGUUUUGCUAUACAUGGUUUAUCGCAAAAUGGAAUUGAAUAUUCAAAUUCACUGACAUUUUCGAGAAGAGUAUGUAUGGUUUUUGAGAAAUUAUCAAUAUUUAGCGGGUGUUUUAUUUAGUUCAAAUUAAAAAUUUACACUGUUACACUUCAACCUCUAGUCCCAGCUUCCAACCAAUCAACUUGAAGACUGCAAUUCAAAAUUUCCAGAUUUCAAUCUCAUAUUUCACAUGCAUGUGAAAAUAAAAGGCUUGUUGAUAUUUAAUUUCGACCAGUCUUCAGUUGGCGGGUUUGAGGAUGAGGCGUUUAUAUAAAUAAAAGAAAACGUCACUUUUGGGAAAACUACAAACUUUUCGGCCUUGCAAUGCAAAAUGGAAAUUCUGCGGUUAAUAAAAUUGCGUUCAAUAAUAUUAGCAUAAAACCACAUAUUAUUAAAUGUAGUUUUUAAUGUUAGCAAAUAAUUGUUAAAAGUUAUGUUUUUGUGCUAUUUGUUAUCAAAUUGUUGUGUUGAUGCCCAAAAAAUUGCCUCAAAGUUUUAUCAAAAUCCUACAUUCCCGGAAAGACGCAGGACUAUGAUUCUUAUUCAAAUAGGCAACUAUGUGUCGCAUUAUGCUACUUACUACUUGCAAGGAAUAGCGAUUAUAAAUCGUAAAUGGUAUGGCCAUAAACAGAAAGUUCUCCAAACGUGUACCAAAAAAUGCCCGAUUAAACACACUAGAAAAGUAAAUUUUUACUUUUGGAAUAGCACGUUUUGAAAACCAUUUGUUAUAGAGGGCGUCGAAACUUCCACCCAGUCAAAUGGCUAUCUUGGUAACAAUAAAAAAUGCGAUUGGUUUAAUGCGGAAAACGAAAUGAAUAGAAGCGAAAAUGACAGAAAGUUAGAAAACUUUUCAAAGCUUUCUGAUACGCGAAGCUCAAAAAUAACAAUUAAAACGGGGCCACAGUUAAAAAUAUAAUUUGUUUGCAUAAAAAGUAACAACGAAUCCAAAAACUGGUGUAGUAAAAUGGUACCUUAAGAAAGUGCUUUGAACGUUUCAAAAUGUACGCCACAAAGAGAAAAACAAUCCGCAUUAAAAUAGGCAAAUUUAUCUCAAUCCAGUUCUAUUACCAAGUUCACAAAAAUCCAAACUUGAAUUCAAGUAGUUAUGACACAUGUUGUUCUAGUACAAAAACACCGUUUUGAUGCAAUAACACAAAUUAAUCAAAGAGCAUAGUUGAUAUUUCGCCAAAAUAUUCGCCAUACUUCUUACAUUUACUAAUAUAUCGCACAUAUAGGUAAUUUUAAAACCUAGGGUAUAUGUUGUUACAGGUUUUCAAUAGUUCAAUAGUUACAAUAGUGAUUUUUUUCUGUCCAAGGUGAAAUAUCAACAAGCGAAAACUCUUGAUGCAAUUUUUGACCAAAAAAUGUCAUUUAUCUUAGCAAUCUUGCAAAAUUACAGCGUUUUUGGCCCUUAUCGAUUAUUAAUUUAAUAUUUUUAGUUUUCACAUGUGUGUCUCACUGAAAAGUGUGCAUGCGUAACCCGUUUUCUAGAAUAUGCAAUUGAGCAAACUGGUUCCGACUAUAUUUGCCAUUGCAUAUGUUAGUUAACUGAAAUUGUGCAAUAUAUUUUUCAUCGAAAUUGUGAAUCUCUAAAUUAGGAUAAUUGAAGGAUUGCUAAGGGAUUGUUUUUGGUUUCUAUUGGGCAAUUUUUUGAUAUUAUCCUCUAUACCAUGUAACAAUGUAAGCAUUUUAAACGUGUAUUUAUUUCGGUUAAGUUUUAAAGUACAUGCUUCAGCGCGCCUAAAAGUAAUUGCCAUUUUUUAGUUUUAACGAAAAAUUUCGUUCUGCCACUGGACUCAUAUUUUUCACAAAAAUUCGAGCGAGCGAUCUGUAUUAGGUACCUAUAUCUAUUCAGUACCGGUGAAAGAAACCAGGAAAACGAAUAACAAAAUAAUGUCGCUCAUUUUCUCGAAAAAUCUGAGAACCACCCAUACCUUGUAUCCUGUUUUAAUACAAAAAUAAGUGUUCUACAGUUAUAGACGUAUUUAUUGUUUUUUAUGUAUACGUUUAAAAUCUAUACCUAUGUAUAAUGUUCAAAAAAGUUAUGUAAACUAAUUUUAAGAAAUUAUAUUAUUACAAACUUUUAUAUAUUUUUAUUAAUAUUAUUUGUAAGAACUAUAAGGAAAUUUACAAUGAAGCAGUUUCAAAGCAGAAAACUGUUUGAUUUCAAAAACCGUUCUGUUUUGAAAUGUCUAAGUGUAGUGAUUAAGGAAGUUAAAACUAUAUACGUUUAAUUUUUUACUUUAUAAAUAUAUUAAUAUUGUUUUGCCAUUUUUUAUUUUUAAAUUUGACUGCCAUUUUUUAUUUAAAUUAUAAAUAUUUCGCUUUUUUCCUAGUUAAGUUUAAGUUCCUAUCUUUUACUAUAUACUGUAGAGCAAUUUUUUUCGAAUGCAAGACUGAAUGUGUGAAAGAUAAAUUUUGUUUAGAGGAGUUGGUUUCUGUAAAUUCUCUCAUAAGUACAAAAUUUAUUCUUUGGUGUCGUCGGUAAAAUUAAUUAAAAUUUAUCAUGUACACAAGCAAGUAGCCGUUUUCGGUCAAGGAACAAAUUGUAAAUUUUUGUAAAAAAAACCUUCUAGAAUUAUAAGUAAAGACACCAAAGGAUGUACUUUUGUGAAUUGAUAAAAGUUGAUGAUAAAAAUUAGGUUUAGAAAAAAACGAAACAUUACUGUGAAUUCAAGGCAUUAUUCGAAAGAAAAAUUAAAUAAUUUGUAAGAUAUAGGUAUUUAACAAAAUGUGAAAAUUUAGAGAAAUUACGUUGCAAUUAUUUUUAACCAAAUUCAGUGUAUGAAAAUUGUAUGUGUGACAAUGUAUUAAUUCUAUUUACUGGAAUAGCAAUCAUUAAAAAAUUAAAUAAA